AUGACAGGAGCAGCUGCAGCCUCCAAAUUGGGCGGCGCGGCGGCGAUUAAGUACGUAGCGGCGGGAUGGGCGGCAUUCACGGGGACGCACCUGGCGAUGUCGCACCCGCCCGUGCGCGAGGCGCUGAUUCACCAGCUGGGCGACGAGGGCAAGUUCCGCGGGCUCUACUCCGCCGUGUCCUUGGCCACCUUCGCCCCCACCACGUUCCUCUACAUCAGGUACGCGCGCGGGCACGGCGUGGUCCCCGGGUGGACAGCGCUGGUUGAGGGCAACAAGGCGGCGCGCGCGGGGGGCGUGGCGCUGAAGGUGGCGGCGGCGGUGAUGUACGGGCAGGCGAUCUCGACGCCCAACCCCAUCAUGGACCGCGCCAUGCGCGCCGCGGACACGGGCAAGGACAAGCAAGGGGAGCACGCCGAGGCGGGAGAGCAGCAGGGCAGCGAGGUGGCAGUGAAGGGCGUGUACCGCAUCACACGCCAUGCGCUCUUCACCUCCCUCGCCUUGCUCGGUGCCGGCAACAUGCUCACACGCCCCUUCGCUGGUGACAUGGUGUACUGGGCGGGGUACCCGCUCAUCUGGCUGCUGGGCUGCCCCCAUCAGGACAUGCGGCAGCACGGCCAGCUGCCCGACCAGUUCUUCAAGGAGACCUCCUUCCUGCCCUUCGCUGCCAUUGCUGAGGGCAGGAACUCCCUCAAAGACGCAUUCAAGGAAUUCCACAAGCCUGUGCUUGCCACCUCGCUCAUUGUUCCCCUAUUCUUUCUUUGA